GCGCGUACUUUCCCGCUCUGACAGGAGUUCUCCUGAGGUGAGAAAAAGGACUGCGUUUGAAGAGCUGUGGACGGCCACCUCGCCUUACAGAUUAUCAUUCGGCUUAGAUCUGUCAUAACGAGUUAAUCCACUUGAAAAAAGAAUAGGGGAUACAUCACUUUAAAAUGCAACAUCUCAGACCGCUCUUUACUUCAGUUCAGAGGCGCGUAAGGGACAAUCCAGUCCUUGCUUUCUUAUUACGACCUCUUACCAUAUGGAGGGUGCUAACUCUGAUCUGCUCCAUUAUCGUUUGUGCAUCACUUUUAUCUGGAGGAUAUCAGAAUCUGCCUACUUCAUCUUUUCUGAAUUGUACCCUAAAUGACAACAACACAGCCUGUGAAUACGGCAUUAGCAUUGGCAUUUUUGGCAGCAUAGUUUGUUUAGUAUUUGUCGCACUGGAUAUAUCCAAACCACUGUUAAAAAUGGACUUGAGUAAGAAGGCUAUCAGCAUUACUGAUAUUUUCUUCUCUGUUGUCUUUACCUUGCUUUGGUUAUUUGGGUUUUGCUUCCUUACUCAUGAGUGGAGUAUGUCACUUCCUUAUGUGUUUGCCUUUGGUAAAGAACAUGCUGAGACUGCCAUUGCCUUCUCUUUCUUUUCAACCCUGUGCUGGGUUAUUCUGAUAUAUCUGCAAGUUUCACAUUUCCGUAAACAUUACCUUGAUGCUUACAGUAUGUCAGUGGCAUCACGGAGAAGGACAAACUUCGCUGACACAGGCAGAGUUUAUGUUGAAGACACUGCAGAGGCUCCAAGUCCACCAUCAACCAAGAUAAUGUCUUUCGAUAUGCCUCCACCUUCAAUUUCUUUCGAUAUGCCUUCACCUGUUAAGGAUCCAUUCGAUGAGUAACGCAUUGUAAAAAAUUUAUAAGUUGGGUUGUGGAUUUUCACAUUUGGCUAGCAGACACUACCCUCUCUCCUCCCUGUGGAUUUUUAGCUUGAUUACAGUUUCCUAGCCAGUAAUUUUUCCAUCUUUGUUUUUAACAUACACACCUAUAAACACUGGCUAGAUAGUUUACAUAUGUCUUGUCUCAUUAAUUGUAUUUAUGGUAGCCACUGAUACCAUAAAUUUUAUUUUAUGCUGCAGAAAGUUGUGUUUAAAUAAAAAUAUGUAGCAAUAUUAUUUUUUCAAAUAUUUAUUUACUCUUGUGCACAUGUGCAUCGACACAUGGAGCAAUUUUGGCACUUUCAAGCCUGUGAUUUUUAGUAGACAGUGACAAUAAAGUCACCCAGAAAUGCCACCCUUUGACUGCUAUGGCAGUAACCUGCAAGCUUUAAUGCAAGUGCUUGUCUCUGGGGAUUGUCCUUUGGAAACGUGACAGCCAAUAUACACACACACAAGUAGUUUUGGCUGAUUGGCAUAGUGGGCAGUGGGAUAAUUUGGCCCUUCCUUUUGAGCUGCCAAGAAUCACUUGCCCUCUGUGCCACUGCACUAAAAAGUGUUUUCUUCCUUUUUGUUUUGGAAACUUUGUAUUGGCUUGUACAGGCACACAGCCCUGGUUGCAACAGUAGUUGAACAGAUCUAACAAUGUUAAAUCCAGUUGGUUUCUAAAAACGUUUGGCUUGUUUUACUCUUUGCAUGAAGUCUACAAACACUAUUAUUUAUCUGUCCAAACAUGAACAAGCAUAUCAGUCAGUUUACCAUAAAAAAUAUUGUACGCCGACAAACCAUUUACAUAAAAACGACCUGCAAAGCAUUGUUCAUUCACCCUACAUUACAGAUGGAAAAGCGCUGAUUUCUGCUUCAUAUGCUGCUGAGGUUCAGCAGUGGACAAAUUGCUUGAUAAUAAAUAAAGAUGUAAAGCCCAGUUGUUAAGUGCUUUGGUACAGACCUGGAAUUUACAGUUUACAUAUAAAAUCCAUUUAGUGUCAGGUGCAUUUGCUGGAACUGCUUAUUUUGUUUUAUUUAGUGUUUUUAUUGAUUAUACUAAGUUUGAUGAAAUUCAGUGACCAUUUGUGAUGAUAUAUAGUUACCACAUUUUAUUUUAACAUAUCCAUAAAGGAUAAGAAGGGUAACUCACUUUCAGAAUUAAUCUUAGUCUUGAGUUUUACCCUGUAGCUGUAGCAUUAUAGCACCCCAGCAACUCUCUUAGGUAUUUCCUCCCAAACCUACAACCUGUGCCUGUGUUUAUAUGAUAAAAGCUCUAUUUCUUAGGCCAGCCUUCCUCAACGUGUUAACAUAUCAGUUUCCUAGUGUGUGAUGGCUUAUCCCUGGUGUAAAUGCAUUGCAUAGAUACCCAUAGAUAACCUUUAGAGGAUUCUGCACAAGCAAUGUUAGAGAAGAGAUUGAGAGCCAAUUCUGAGCCUUAGCUGCCAUUUCAUUUGUUAUUGCCAUGAAUAUCUUAAAUCUUAACUUUGCAAGGUGAUUUUAACAUUUUACAGAUGACUUCAAACUCAUUUGCAUUUUACUCUGUUAUCCUCUCAACAAGUCAAGUGGAUUCAUGCUUAUGUUGGUAAUGUUACCUGAGCAUAUCCUAUAUACCAUAAAUAUAAUUACCAGUAGUAGUAUUUUAGUUACUGUAAAGGCCUUUGUUUAAGUUUAAAUAAAAAAAACAUUUUAAAGCAAAA